AUGAAUGCGACAGAUGAGAAAAUUUUUUGUGUUGUUUGUUGGUACAAAAAAAGGCGGGAAAAAGGACUUGAGCCACUUUUUGCACUUUUCUGCCGCCCCAUCGAUUUUAAGAAGACAAACUUCACAAUACUAAUAAUACUACGUAAUACUAGUAUAUUCUCAAACGCUCACACACAUAUAUAUAAUAUAUCGUUAAAAAGAGUAUUCGCUCUUCGCGCGCUUCUCUCUUCUCGCUUCUCAUCAGGGAGUGGUGGUAGUCGUGCGAGAAGCGAAAAAAAAGCGACGACGAUUCAGACGAGACUCCAAAAAUCAUUAAAGCGCGGUGUGGCGGCGAGUUUUUUCUUUCCAAUGACGAGUUGUAAGAUGUCUUCUCUUAUUCGAGUCUUUUCUCCCUCGACGACGACGACGACGGGUACGACGGGUACGAGAGCGCCACUUUCGCCGCGCUUGAACUCCUUUUUCGCGGGAAGGCGGCGGUCUUUGGCUUUUUCUUCUUCUUCUUCGUCUUCUUCUCGCGCGUUCUCCUCCGCCGGUGUCACCAAUAAUGGAGCGGCGGCGACCAACGACCGAGCAGGAGGAGGCACCAACGCGAAGGAAGGAGAAAACUUCUUUGAUGAAAAGAAGGAGGAGAAGAAGACAAAGAAGACGCCUAAAACGAAGACCAACGUGAUCGAUUCGAGCAAAGCCGUCAUCGAAAUCUCCUCCAAGGAGCAAAAAGAGUUGGACCGAGAGGCGGCGAAGUUUGCCUCCUCUUGGGCGAAGGAGUUGGCGAAAGCCUCGGCGGAAAGCAUGGAACAGUUGGAACUGACAAAGACGGUGAGCGAUUCGGAAUUCGACGACGAGGAGGAGGAGGAAGAAAAGGAAAAAGGUGUUCCAGAGGACGAUCAAAAAACGAGACGACGCCGGACGAGGAGAGAUUGGGGGACGAUUCCGCAAGAGUUGUUGCCGAAAGUCGCCGUCGUCGGUCGACCAAACGUAGGGAAGUCUGCGUUGUUUAAUCGAUUGACGGGGACGAAAAGAGCGAUCGUUUUUGACGAACCAGGGGUCACGAGAGAUCGAAUGUACGUGAGAGCGUUUUGGGGAGAUCACGAGUUUAUGCUCGUAGAUACGGGUGGGUUGGAAAACUUACCCGGAGACCCGAACGCGGCGCCUUCGAUCGAUAGAAUUGGAGGCGUUGAAAUUUUACCAGGGAUGAUUGAAGCGCAAGCGGCAGAAGCGGUGAGAGAGGCGGAUGUUUUAAUCUUUGUCACGGACGGUCAAUCCGGAUUGACUGCCGCGGAUAAAGAGAUUUUUAGAUGGUUGAGAAAGCAUCACGCGGAUAUUCCAGUGCAUCUAGCGGUGAAUAAGUGCGAAUCGAGCACGAGAGGCGAAGAGAUGGUUUUGGAUUUCUGGCAGUUGUCCUCAAAAAGCGUGGCGCCGAUUGGCGUUUCGGCGAUUAGCGGCACGGGAACCGGGGAACUGUUGGACGCAGUUUGCGAAAGCUUACCGGAACCACCGACGAUGGAGGAACAAAUAUCUAUCGCGGAAGAAAAUAAGGAGAAAGAGGAUAAAGAGUUACCUAUUCAAGUCGCCAUCGUUGGACGACCAAACGUCGGGAAGAGUUCUUUACUGAACGGCUUAGCCGGAACUCCGAGGUCGAUCGUGUCUGAUUUUUCUGGAACAACUCGAGAUACGAUCGAUACGGAUGUAGUCGAUAAGAAUCAUCCGGAUAGAGAGUUUACGUUGAUCGAUACGGCGGGUAUUCGAAGACGAACGCAAAUUAAAAGGGACUCAAAAAGUAUCAAAGGCGAGGAGAAAAAAUUUGGUUUAGAGCAACAAUCCAUCGGGAGAGCUUUACAAGCGAUGAAACGCGCCGAUGUUGUCGUUCUAGUCAUCGACGCGACGGAAGGCGCGACGCAGCAGGACUUCGUUUUAGCCGAAAGAGCCGUGCAAGAGGGAUGUGCGCUCGUUUUGUGUUGCAACAAGUGGGAUUUAGUGGACAAAGAUACGUACACGAUGAACUCGUACACGGACGACUUGCGCUCGAAGUUGCGAGUGUUUGAGUGGGCGAGUAUUAUUUACACAAGCGCGUUAACUGGGCAGAGAAUUACUAAGAUUUUAGACGCUUCCUACGAGGCUUCCGUGAUACACAAGAAACGGUUAACGACGGCGACGUUAAACGCCGUCGUCCAAGAGGCGACGUUGUGGAAGGCGCCGCCGGCCAAGGCGAACAAGAAGGGCCGAAUCUAUUACACCACGCAAGCGGCUAUUCGACCUCCGACGUUUGUGUUUUUUUGCAACGACCCAAAACUGUUCUCGGAUACGUACAAGAGAUUCAUGGAAAGACAGUUGAGGAAAAAUAUUGGAUUCGAUGGGACACCUAUUCGCUUGUUGUGGCGCGGGAAAAGCAAAGGUGGGGGCCUCGCCAACGCCACUGGAGGCAACGCGAAGCCUUCCUCGAAAUCGUCGUAA